CCUUAGGGGCUCCCUUUAGAUUCCAUUAUUCACUUAGCUAUCCUAUGUCAGAGAAAUUAAAAUCUUGCCUAUGAUCAGAUCCCAUAGGAGAAACCAUGAAGGAAAGGUACGGAUGUGGUGCUGGCAUUAGUUCCAAAAUAUUCAAGUGAUAAUGGUAUUGGCCUUUGGUCACAUUUAGUGAUUACAAAAGAGCCUGGACAAAAAGCAGGCAGCAUAUCAAAAAAGAGCAGACCAGAGCAGAGCUCAGAGAAACCUUCUUAAGAAAGAAAGGCUCCUGUCAUCCUUCAGCUAUCUGAUAAACAAUGUUUCUGUUUGCUUCUUGAGGACCAUCCGUUGAAUGCUUAGGCAGGGGGUGAUGGCAGCUCUGUUGUCACUUGUCUUGGUGGCAGUCUCAGGUAUCCUAUCCACAGAUACUCAUCAUCUCAGCAAUUCAACUCUUCAUCACUUGACCCAAAAGUUGCUACAGAACUAUCCCAGAGGAGUGAGACCAGUUCAAAACUGGACUCAGGUCACAACUGUUUACCUGGAUUUAUUGGUUCAUGCUGUGUUGGAUGUGGAUGCACAGAAUCAAAAACUAAAGACUAGUGUGUGGUACCAAGAGAUUUGGAAUGAUGAGUUUUUAGCUUGGAACUCCAGUAUGUUUGAUGGAAUAGGAGAAAUUUCCCUUCCACUGAGUGCCAUCUGGGCCCCAGAUAUCAUCAUCAAUGAAUUCGUGGACAUUGAAAAAUCGCCUGAUAUUCCCUAUGUUUAUGUGAACUCAUCUGGGACCAUUAAGAACAAUAAGCCCAUCCAGGUGGUCUCUGCAUGCAGUUUGGAGACAUAUGCUUUCCCAUUUGAUACACAGAACUGCAGUCUCACCUUCAGCAGCAUCCUGCACACAGUGGCAGAUGUAGAUCUUGCCUUCCUGAGGAGCACAGAAGACAUUAAGAAAGACAAAAAGAUGUUCAUGAAUGAUGGUGAAUGGGAACUCCUCUCUGUGCCUUCAGCCUACCACGUCCUGUACAGUGAAGCCGGAGACUUUGCACAGAUUCAGUUUCACCUGGUGAUCCGCAGACGACCAUUGGCCCAUGUGGUAAAUCUGUUGAUUCCCAGUAUCUUCCUCAUGGUUGUGGAUUUAGGCAGCUUCUAUCUACCCCCAAACUGCCGCUCAAGGAUCACUUUCAAGACCAGCAUUCUGGUGGGCUACACAGUGUUCAAAGUCAACAUGUCUGAUGAGGUUCCCAGAAGUGCAGGGAGCACACCUUUGAUUGGUGUCUUCUUCACAAUUUGUAUGGCCUUCCUGGUUCUCAGCUUAUCUAAAUCUAUCCUUCUGGUGAAGUUCCUCCACACAGAGAGAAGCAAUGGGCAGGACCAUCCCCUCUUUUGUUUCCAAAAGACCUCUGGGACUAGACCACAGGACAGUGCCCUUGUGACCAGAACUUCUUUGAAGGUGACUGAUUCCCCAACAGAUGUUCCCCUCUCUCAAGAGCAUCAGACGCAGGCGGGGUUUCUGGAGGAGACUCUGGCCCAGCUCCAGUCCAUCAGCUCCUGUAUACAGGCUCUGGACCAGGCUGCCCAGCAGGAGGCUUCCUGGCUUAGGAUGCUGUACCGAUUUGACAAGCUUCUGUUCAGGGGUUACCUCCUGGUUCUGGGAGGGUACACGGUCACCCUGUGCUCCCUCUGGGCAGUGUGGGGCUCUCUUCAAAAGUAGCCAGGCCACAUUCAGAGUGUCCACAGUGUGUGUGUGUGUGCGUGUGUGUGUGUGUGUGUGUGUGUGAUGCAGGGAAAAGGGAUGGGCCACAAGACCACAGGCUGCUCUCUUCUCUAUUUCCAUUUACCACCAAUGAUGUUUUUAAGAGCAAGAGAAAUAAUACAGAAUAGCAGAAAGGACAUUGGUUCUGGAGUCAAAGUAUGGGGUUCAGAUCCUCCCUUUGCCACCAACUAUCUUCCACAAGCCAUUUAUCCUCUGGCUAUAAAAUGAAGAGGUCAGACUAGAUGGCCUCUCUACCCCUUGCAGAUCUACCUGUUGUUCAGGGCACUUUUCAUCACCCCUGGGCCAUCCUAUCCAUGACGUUUUCUUGGCAAAGGUACUGGAAGGGUUUGCUGUUUCCUU